GAUGCAAUGCUCGCUGUUCUAUCUCUGCACGCUGAUCUCACCAGUGAUUUUCUACCUUCAGACGAGCAGUGGGGAAUGCGACGCGAGAUGUUCGGGACAAAAUUGUGUAGCUGGAUUAGACAGCCACAAAAAAUGUUUUGCCAAUUGCACCGGCUUCGAAUGUUCAGUAGGGUGCCUUGGACCUGAAUGCAUUGCAUAUUGCGAAGGGCAAAGAUGUCAUUCCGGGUGUCGAGGCAACAAUUGUAAAUCUUUUUGUAAAGGCUUAAACUGCAAAGUGAUGUGCAUGGGAGCGCCGUGCCUCAAACAAGAAAUAUUCUGGUGAUGCAAGAUUUUUAUGAUAGUAUUGUAAAUUAAUGAACGUAAUUUAACAUAAUAAUAAAAAUGUACAUACUGCAUAAUAAUCUUU